UCGGGUAAGAGUGUGGGAUAUGAAGAAGUACAGAGAUUUGAAGGAGCGUUUACAGGUGUCAAUAAAAAAGUCGUUAUUGGUAUCUUAGUUGCUCGAUUCAAAGAUAGAUUUACCGAACCUGCAACGGAGAGAGCGAAAGUAGCCAGAUCAAACGGAUAUAACCUCAUCUUAACAGAUGAAAAAAAUAUAUAUUCGGAUUUGAUCACUUUCAUCAAGUCGCAUCGUAAUAAUAGCUCUAACAAUGAAAGAAAAAUAGAGGGAAUGGUGGAUCGUUUGGAGUUAGAAAGAAUAGAAUUGAAAUUAGGAAAUGAGUUGAUGUGGGCACAAAUAGAGAAUGUGAGGAUUAAAAGAGAGAACGAGUUGCUCCGGAGAGAGAAUAGG